AUGGCUGACGAUCGACUCCAGCCCACUCCUUCCCAGCUAGAAACCGCGACAAAUCAAGCUCGAACAUAUUGGCGGUGGCUCACGGAAAAGGCCAUUACGUGCCUUCAGAAUGGAACCGCUCUUGGACCCAUCUUCCCCCGGGAUAUGCUCUGCAGAGUUCCCGCGAUACCAGCAACGCAACUUUCCGUGUAUGAAGUUGCUUGCUCCGAUUCUCCCACGAAAGCGCUUCUGACGGGAGAAUCAUCGACAAUGCGCGUGGCCGAAGCGGGACAAUGCGAUGUCGGCGAGGCGAUGAAAGAGAUCCGAGGGGCUCUGCUGAUAGGGGUCCAGUCGUCGAGUGCUUGCACUUUGUCUGGAACGAGUUUUCGACCAUGGCGAGCGACUGGGAGCGGGGAUCAAAGACAGCCAAACUAUAUUGCGAUACUGUCGCUUGCUUGGUCUUAUAUUCUUUGUACCCGUCUGGUUGAAACCCAGCAGCAGGACAGCGCUGAGGUCACUUACACGGACUCGACGGCGAGUUGGAAUCGACCUGCUCCAACGGAUCGGAAUGCGCCACGGAUCGAAAUUGAUAUUGGCAGGGUAAACAGGCGUGUUGCUCGAUGGUGGGCGGCUAUCUUGGCUCCCAAUCUGGGAUGGAGGGCUAUCGUCACUAAUAUGAAAAAUGAGGUCUACCUCGCACCGUGGUCGAUCUCUUUACAAGGGAAGCAAGAAUUCAGGGUUGUAUGGCAGGACGAUGGACCCCUUGCGCAAAACUCUGCGACCUCUUUGCCUCCCACAUCUCAGGAUGCGUUGAAAGAAAAUCCUCGCUGA